CCUCCACCGCCGCUGCCGAGCCUCCGACCGUGUUGAUGAACAGGGCGAAGUCCUCCGCCGAGCCGCCGAUCGCUGGAGCACAGACGUCUGUGAAGAACAUCUUCACUCUGAGCAACAGAAGUGGAACUUCCGGAUGCGGAUGGAGGAACCACAGCCCUCCCACAUUAAGAAGGAAGUGGAAUACCCACCGAUCCCCCAUUUUAAAAAGGAAGAGGAGGACCCACUAACACCCCAUUUUAAAGAGGAAGCGGUGGAUCCACUGAACCCUCACAUUAAGGAGGAAGAGAUGGAUCCACUGACACCCCAUUUUAAAGAGGAAGAGGAGGACACACUGACACCCCAUUUUAAAGAGGAAGCUGUGGAUCCACUGAGCCCUCACAUUAAGGAGGAAGAGAUGGAUCCACUGACACCCCAUUUUAAAGAGGAAAAGGAGGACCCACUGACCACCCAUUUUAAAGAGGAAGAAGAGGACCCACUGACACCCAAUUUUAAAGAGGAAGCGGUGGAUCCACUGAGCCCUCACAUUAAAGAGGAAGAUGUGGAUCAUGGCAUCAGUCAGGAGGGAGAGCAUCCUGAAUGGUUGGAGGAGUUCCCAGUCACUGGUGUCCCUGUGAAGAGUGAAGAUGAUGAGGUCAAAGGUGAAAGUGAGGAGAAGAGAGAGGCGGAGCCUCCAAGCAGCAGCUCAACUCAACACAUGACAACAGAAGCUGAUGGAGACCACUGUGGAGGAUCACAAGCAGACAAGCUCUUAGCUCCACUAUCACAUAGUGAGGACACAACGUCACACUCUCCUGACACUGAUGAUGAAGACUCUAAAGAUGAUAAGACAUGUCACACUGACAACACACACUUCACAUGUUCUCACUGUGACAAAACUUUUAAAUACCGUUGUCGUCUAAAAACACACAUGAGAACACAUACUGGAGAAAAACAUUUUUCCUGCUCAGAAUGUGGUAAAAGUUUUUUAAGAAAGCGAAAUUUAAAAGCACACAUGAGAACACACACUGGAGAAAAACCUUUAUCAUGUUCAAUCUGCGGUAAAGAUUUUACUCGUAGGCAAUAUUUGAAAAUACACAAUAGAAUACAUACUGGAGAAAAACCCUUUUCCUGCUCAGAAUGUGGUAAACGUUUUGUAAGAAAUCAAAGUUUAAAAGUACACAUGAGAACACACACUGGAGAAAAACCUUUUUUAUGUUCAAUCUGCGGUAAAGAUUUUACUCAAAAGCACCAUUUCAAAGCACACAUGAUAUUACACACUGGAGAACAACCAUUUUCAUGUUCAAUCUGCAGUAAAGAUUUUACUCGAAGGGACCAUUUCAAAAAACACAUGAGAACACACACUGGAGAAAAAUCUUUUUCAUGUUCAGUCUGCGGUAAAGAUUUUACUCAAAAGCACCAUUUCAAAGCACACAUGGGAAUACACACUGGAGAACAACCUUUUUCUUGUUCAAUCUGCAGUAAAGAUUUUACUCGAAGGGACCAUUUCAAAAAACACAUGAGAACACACACUGGAGAAAAACCUUUUUCCUGUUCAAUCUGCUGUAAAGAUUUUACUCAAAAGCACCAUUUCAAAGCACACAUGGGAAUACACACUGGAGAAAAGCCUUUUGCAUGUUCAAUCUGCAGUAAAGAUUUUACUCUAAAGCACCAUUUCAAAGCACACAUGAGAAUACACACUGGAGAAAAACGUUUUUCAUGUUCAGUAUGUUGUAAAAGUUUUAUACAUAUACAGCAUUUGAAAAGACACAUGAGAACACACACAGGAGAGAAAGUGUUGAGUUGCAGUGUGUGUGGUGAAAGAUUCUCUUCUAAGUACCAGUGUAAGAAACACAAGUGUGCUGGUGAGAACAGCAGCAGCAAAUGAAGAUGCAGGAUUUGAAAUAAACUGUCAAAACUUUCACUUUGACUUUCUAACAACGUCAGCACAUAGAUUCUAACAUUUAUAGAUUAGAUAUUUUAGAUUAUUGCUUUUUUCAGUCAAGUACAUGUUUUAAUAUACACUAUUGUGUACUUUUAUUUAAAAAUGAACACAAUACUUUGACUGUAAAGGUGAGAAUAAACAGGACAAAACAUGUUACAAAUACUUUUUAUGUGUAUUGAGAUAUUGAGAAAUAAUUUUUAAUUAUUAUUGUUUUUAUAGAUGAACUCAUUUAUAUGAUGUACAUAUUUGUUUUACAUUUGUUCAUACCUUAGCUUUUGAGUACACAUAAAUCCCUCUUAUUUCAUAUUUACUGGUUCACAUCUGAAACAUCUUCUGAACCUUUUCUAGAAGCAUAUUAUUAUUUACUUUAUACAUCAUUUGAACAGAUAUGUUUUAUACAAGAUCAUUUACUUUUAAAAUGUGUGACUUUAUGAAUCAUUUGUUGGGUCUCAAUAAUCCAUUCUUUUAAUGAUCUUUAUUACUCUCUUUUGUAAUAUGAAUAUAUUUGUAUAUGUAUGUCCCUAUGCAAUAUGUAGAUUAGAGAAAAUGGCAACAUUAUAUGUGGAUUGUUAUGAAGGUUAGUUUUGUUUUUAAUAAUCUACAUUUCUAAUUAAAAAACUACACGACAUUUGUUUUUUAAAGUUG